AUGUUUAACCAAUAUUUGAACUAUGUUGAAAAUGGAAAUUCAAAUAGAAGAAGUAAUCUCAAAUCCCAUUAUAAUAAAGAUAUAGGUAUAACCAAAGAAAGUGGUAAUUUGAUUGAUAUAAAUGAAGAGAAAAAGGUGUAUAAUAAAGCUGCUGAAAAUAAUUAG